UUAUUCUGGACCUUCCAAGGAUCCCUAAAUCUGCAGCCUUGCUGGUCCUGCUUGAUCCCAUCAGAGGUUCACUGUCAGUCAGGAACGCCUAUGAAAGUUCAAAUCUUUUCCAAGAAACGUUUUGAUCUCUCAGGGUCAGCUAAUCUGACCAAACAGGGAUGGUUUGUGAAGUUCCUAUCUGGUGUUCCAGCGCCGGCCUGAGCCAAAGUAAACGCUGUGCAGCGCUCCAGUCCCUCUGCGCCUUCAGGAGGAUCUGCUCAUGUUUUAACAGUGCUGCUGUUUUCUCCUGCAGGUCAGUUUUUACUGGAAGAGUCACGGCUAAUGGAAGCAGCGGAGAUGGCGAAGACGGCCGCCCGCCUCGACGGUGGGGAGUUCGAUGUGGUGUUCAGCGCCGCUCACAUGCUCAGACAAGCCAAGCUCAACGAAGCAGCCGAGAAGUAUUACGGACAAGCAGCGAGCCUGAGACCCAACUACCCCGCAGCUCUGAUGAACCUCGGAGCGAUCCUCCACCUCAACGGGAAACUGCAAGAAGCCGAAGCCAAUUACCUCCGGGCUCUUCAGCUGAAACCAGACGACACCAUCACCCAGUCGAAUCUGCGAAAGCUCUGGAACAUCAUGGAGAAGCAGGGCCUGAGGACCACGACUCCCUGAGAUCUCCCGUCCCGCCUACACACCAUCUGCGCUCCAGACCCGGGGAGACGGGCGGCCUGCGUGCCCUCGUUCUGUUUUCUCAUCCAGGAGAGGAGGAAGAGGCCGAGGGAGGACGUUUGCAGAGACACGUUGUGCCGCACAGCCUCCCCUCCCCCCACUAAUCACCUCGGAGCUCUGCAAACACCUCAGGCCUGCAGCUUUGCUCAGGAUUGCUUACAGUCAGGAAGGCCCUGCGUGGUAUCUGGAUUCCUUUCUGCAGAUUUACUGCUUUCGUUUUUUAUUCAAGAUUUCUUCAAGUUCAAGUGAAGCCACAAGUUCAUCGCUGCCGCAGAAUGAGGUAUGGAAAACACAGAGGGGAGCACUGAAGGACUUUCUGUCAAAUUUUAGUUUCACUUUGUGUUUUUUCUUGAAAAUGAAGGAAAGAAGGUACAUAUGAAGAAAUUUAACUUCUUAAAAUUUAAUUUAUAGUCUCUGCUUUUAAACCUCAUUCUCACUUUAAUCUGAAAUUGCACCACAUAUUGAUUCCUAAAGUAGCAACCGUCCUGAUAUUCAGAGAAAAACAUAAAAAGGGAAUGCAGAGUUUCUAUUUCAGCACAUUAAGAGUCUGCAGUUAACCCAACUAAUCUGUUUUAGCAAGCUUUGAAAUGGUCUUCAUACCAGAGGUAUUUUUAUUCUUCACUUCUAAACAUUAAGCUACCAUCACCAUUAAGAGCUUAAAGCUUCAGGUUGCAGAUGGAAAGUCUUCCCAGGUUCCAAGCAGCUCGACAGAACCUGCAACAAAAGAGUUCGACCAGCCAAAAGGAAAUGCUAAGCUAAUGCUAAGCUAGUGUCCAACUUUUAUCCUUACAUGGAUCAACACAGAGUCACAGAAAGGGAAAUGUUUAAAUGCCUUUAUGCUUAGGUAAAGUUAUGUCAUUGUGUUUGAAUAAAUAUUAAUAUAUAGCUGCCACGUUUUAGUACACAGAACAACACAGCAAACUGUAACUGAGCGAGUUUGGCUUGUUACGAUACGGUGAAGGGUCUUCGGUAUCCUUAAAGCUGUUCUUAGGUCUCAUCUGUAUAUAUUUUGUCUAGUUUUCAUAUAUUUGGUUGUUUUUGUCAGUUUUUAGUAAAAGAAAGAGCACCUUCAUUAAAGUUUGUACAGUAUUUGUUAUUUGUCCUAUUCAUAGAGUUAUUGAUCUAGAGCCAGUGGUGGGCACAUGCAUGCUAUUAGCAGAGCUCAUUUUUCGUUCAGCGCUUUAGCAUUUUAACACACUCAGCUUCUCUUAAAUUAAUAUUUUCAGAUGCAUUCUAAUUUAGUUGCCUGUUUUGGAAACUUUCAGUUAAUUAAAUAAAGUUCAUUGUCUGAGUUGAAGUUUUUGUUAUCGACUCAAGUUGUCAGACAUUUCUCUUCAUGCUCUUAUUUUGAAGUGUGCAAAGACAGUUCCACUUCCUGUCCUCACAAUUGUUUUUCUCAAAACAUUAUCAAAAAUAAAAUACAAUGAAUUCAGAGCAGUUAUUAAUAUACAUUUGCACAGGUGAACAGAAUCCACUGAGGAUUAUUUACGUGAAUACCUUGAAUAAGGUGCAUAUAUCCAGUGUUUUUAUAGCCUACGUUCUUCACUCAUGGUGCGGUGCAGUCUUUACCCAGAAUGCAUUGCUGUUGUUCUACAGUAAACAGUCCAGUGUUUUCUGACUUUUGGAAAAAUUAGCAACAGAUUUAGCGAAACUCAACUAUAAAACCGAAA